AUGGACUCCCGCGAGGACAUUCCUCGAGUUUCCGUCGAUACCGUGCACGACUGGCAGAGGUUGCGAUCUAAUUGCAAGAACGCGGCUUUAGCUCACCUACAGGCUCAGAUUGGUGCCACCAGUCUCGGUGAUGAACAAGACACGCUCCUCUCCCAUAUGAAUCAAUUCAUUGAUCUAUCCUUCGGUACGGCCCAACCCAACUUACGUGUCAAUGGCCAUAACUACGAGGCUCUCAACGACAAAGGCGAUAUGGAGCCAUUUGAUGAGGCACUGGAUCGUCGCAUAUGGUCGCUAGCCGAUACGCGGUUACAGUGGCAUAGGCGCAUUGCGGAGACGAGACGUAGCGUCCCGCUUGAGCUUGGAACCUCGAUAUCAUCCAUCUUGGAUCAGCAGCGGGCAAACGACCCAGAGAUAACAGAACCUUUAGAUGAUCUUGGAGAGGAGGUUCUGCUCAAAACUGGGGAGAGUUUCCAACACAUUCAGGAGGCUAUCUCAAAGACUUCUGCUCUUUUCGAGGAACUUGACCAGGCACUGAAGUUUCCCCUCAUCGGUGAUAGCAAGGUUGACCUUUCACUUUAG